AAAUUCUAUUUUUGUUAUGUCUAAACCAACUACACCAUCAGAUAACUCUUCUAUAGAUCUCACUAAUGAACAUGUUACUACCACCACUACAUUUCCGCAAACUAAUGAUACUACUAUCACUACUUCUGUCUUACAAACUAAUGAUACUACUGCUCCUGUUUUACAAAUAAAAGAAAGUAAAAGAAAACGUCCAAUUGAAUAUAUUGAAGACGAUAUCUUGAUGUCGAACAACAAAUUAUUAAAUUAA